CCAACCCAAACACUUCCCCAUCUCACCCGUUACCUCAAAGACAACAAAAACCAGACAGACUUCAUUCAGUCCUUCCACACGAUCAACUUUAGCUGAGCCGGAAAGGGAAGAGAGUAGAACAAAUCAGAGAGCACAGGAAAAAUGGGAGGAGGAAUGGAAGCAAACAAGAACAAGUUUAUCGAGGAUUGGGGUUCAGCUCGUGAGACUCUUGAGCAAAACUUUCGCUGGACUCGUCGUAACUUCGCUCUUAUUGGUCUCUUUGGAAUUGCUGUCCCUAUCUUAGUCUACAAAGGCAUCGUCAAAGAAUUCAAUAUGCAAGAUGAAGAUGCAGGCAGGCCUUACAGGAAGUUUAUGUGAGUUUCCCAAAGUUGUUUGACAAUAAUUAUGGAUGAGGAAAACGGGGUUGUCCAUGAGAACCUGCAAGCUUUGCCUUUUUCAUAUAACUUUCUUUCCUGCGUUUGAUCUGUAGCAUGUGGUUUUAAGGACACAUUUCCUUUUCUUUGAAACCAAUCAAUUUGCUGAGAAUUUUGAAUAUUUUCUUUAA